AGCACCCUUUGGAGUCACCGUGUAGAUGGAAAAUGCUGUAGCAGAGAACACUCACUUUGCGAAACGCUGAUGGACUCCACUACCGCGACGGCUGAGCUGGGCUGGAUGGUGCAUCCCCCAUCAGGGUGGGAAGAAGUGAGCGGCUAUGACGAGAACAUGAACACGAUUCGCACAUACCAGGUGUGCAACGUGUUUGAGUCAAGCCAGAACAACUGGUUACGGACCAAGUUCAUCCGGCGUCGCGGUGCCCACCGCAUCCACGUGGAGAUGAAGUUCUCAGUGCGUGACUGCAGCAGCAUCCCCAGUGUGCCCGGCUCCUGCAAGGAGACCUUCAACCUCUACUACUACGAGGCUGACUAUGACUCGGCCACCAAGACCUUCCCCACCUGGAUGGAGAAUCCGUGGGUGAAGGUGGACACUAUCGCAGCUGAUGAGAGCUUCUCUCAAGUUGACCUGGGCGGCCGGGUCAUGAAGAUCAACACUGAGGUGCGGAGCUUUGGGCCUGUGUCCCGCAGUGGCUUCUACCUGGCCUUCCAGGACUAUGGUGGCUGUAUGUCCCUCAUUGCUGUGCGUGUCUUCUAUCGCAAGUGUCCCCGCGUCAUCCAGAAUGGUGCCAUCUUCCAGGAGACGCUGUCGGGGGCUGAGAGCACAUCGCUGGUAGCCGCCAGGGGCAGCUGCAUCGCCAACGCUGAAGAGGUGGAUGUGCCCAUCAAGCUGUACUGUAAUGGGGACGGCGAGUGGCUGGUGCCCAUCGGGCGCUGCAUGUGCAAGGCGGGCUUCGAGGCUGUGGAGAACGGCACUGUCUGCCGAGGCUGCCCUUCUGGAACCUUCAAGCCCAACCAGGGCGAUGAGGCCUGCACGCACUGCCCCAUCAACAGCCGCACCACUUCCGAGGGGGCCACUAACUGCGUCUGCCGCAAUGGCUACUACAGAGCGGACCUGGACCCCCUGGACAUGCCCUGCACCACCAUCCCCUCCGCCCCCCAGGCUGUGAUCUCCAGCGUCAAUGAGACCUCCCUCGUGCUGGAGUGGACCCCUCCCCGUGACUCUGGAGGCCGCGAGGACCUGGUCUACAAUAUCAUCUGCAAGAGCUGCGGCUCGGGCCGGGGCGCCUGCACCCGCUGCGGCGACAACGUACAGUAUGCACCCCGCCAGCUGGGACUGACCGAGCCACGCAUCUACAUCAGCGACCUGCUGGCCCACACCCAGUACACCUUCGAGAUCCAGGCGGUGAACGGGGUCACCGACCAGAGCCCCUUCUCACCGCAGUUCGCCUCUGUGAACAUCACCACCAACCAAGCAGCGCCAUCAGCCAUAUCCAUCAUGCAUCAGGUGAGCCGCACUGUGGAUAGCAUCACCCUGUCGUGGUCCCAGCCAGACCAGCCCAACGGCGUGAUCCUGGACUAUGAGCUGCAGUACUAUGAGAAGGAGCUCAGUGAGUACAACGCCACAGCCAUAAAAAGCCCCACCAACACGGUCACUGUGCAGGGCCUCAAAGCCGGCGCCAUCUAUGUCUUCCAGGUGCGGGCACGCACCGUGGCAGGCUACGGGCGCUACAGCGGCAAGAUGUACUUCCAGACCAUGACCGAAGCUGAGUACCAGACCAGCAUCCAGGAGAAGCUGCCUCUCAUCAUCGGCUCCUCGGCCGCCGGCCUGGUUUUCCUCAUUGCCGUGGUUGUCAUCGCCAUCGUGUGCAACAGAAGACGGGGGUUUGAGCGUGCCGACUCGGAGUACACGGACAAGCUGCAGCACUACACCAGUGGCCACAUGACCCCGGGCAUGAAGAUCUACAUCGACCCUUUCACCUAUGAGGACCCCAACGAGGCAGUGCGGGAGUUUGCCAAGGAAAUUGACAUAUCCUGUGUCAAAAUCGAGCAGGUGAUCGGAGCAGGGGAGUUUGGAGAGGUCUGCAGUGGCCACCUGAAGCUGCCAGGCAAGAGAGAGAUCUUUGUGGCCAUCAAGACGCUCAAAUCGGGCUACACGGAGAAGCAGCGACGGGACUUCUUGAGCGAAGCAUCCAUCAUGGGCCAGUUUGACCACCCCAACGUCAUCCACCUGGAGGGGGUUGUCACCAAAAGCACGCCUGUGAUGAUCAUCACCGAGUUCAUGGAGAAUGGCUCCCUGGACUCCUUCCUCCGGCAAAACGAUGGGCAGUUCACAGUCAUCCAGCUGGUGGGCAUGCUGCGGGGCAUCGCAGCGGGCAUGAAGUACCUGGCAGACAUGAACUACGUGCACCGCGACCUGGCUGCCCGCAACAUCCUUGUCAACAGCAACCUGGUCUGCAAGGUGUCGGACUUUGGGCUCUCACGCUUUCUGGAGGAUGACACCUCAGACCCCACCUACACCAGCGCCCUGGGGGGAAAGAUCCCCAUCCGCUGGACAGCUCCUGAAGCCAUCCAGUACCGGAAGUUCACCUCAGCCAGUGAUGUGUGGAGCUAUGGUAUCGUCAUGUGGGAGGUGAUGUCCUACGGGGAGCGGCCUUACUGGGACAUGACCAACCAGGACGUAAUCAAUGCCAUUGAGCAGGACUACAGGCUACCACCGCCCAUGGACUGUCCAAGCGCCCUCCACCAGCUCAUGCUUGACUGCUGGCAGAAAGACCGCAACCACCGGCCCAAGUUCGGCCAGAUUGUCAACACGUUGGACAAGAUGAUCCGAAACCCCAACAGCCUCAAAGCUAUGGCGCCCCUUUCCUCUGGCAUCAACCUCCCACUGCUGGACCGCACGAUCCCGGACUACACCAGCUUUAACACGGUGGACGAGUGGCUGGAGGCCAUCAAGAUGGGGCAGUACAAGGAGAGCUUCGCCAGCGCCGGCUUCACCUCCUUCGACGUCGUGUCUCAGAUGAUGAUGGAGGACAUUCUGCGGGUUGGGGUCACCCUGGCAGGCCACCAGAAAAAAAUCCUGAACAGUAUCCAGGUGAUGAGGGCCCAGAUGAACCAGAUCCAGUCUGUGGAGGUUUGACGCUCGCCUGCCUUGGCUCGCCUCUUCCUCCGGCCGCCCCCUCCGCCCCACACCGGCCCCUGGUGCUCCGUUCUCCGCAGGGUCGGCCGCCUGCCAGGAGGCCACGGACAGCAGGAAGAACCAAGCAGCGCUCCAGCCAUCAGACGUCACCAAGAACACGUGCAGCUCAAACGAUGGAAUCAAAAGGGAACGGGGGAAAAAGAAACAAGACCUGGGAGGGGGCGGGAAAUAUAAGGAAUAUUUUUAAAAGAGGAUUCUCAUAAGGAAAGCGAUGAUGGUUCUUGGGAGGAAAAUAGGGCUUGGGAGAUCCAUGCGAUUUGUCCCAUCGGAGACCAAAAGCAGUUUCUCUUCAACUGCCUCUGGGAAGGUAACCUGGCCAGAGCCAAGAAACACUUUCAGGAAAACAAAUGUGAAGGGGAGAGAUAGACGGGCUGCUCUUCUCUCCUGUCCUUGGGCCACUCUUGGGGGCCCCCGCUCAACAGUCGAGCACCAGACAGAGGGGGCAGGUGGACAGGUGGUCGCCCCAGAACCGCUCUGGGAGAAUCCACGCCAGCCGCCACCGGGCACACAGAAGAAGUUUUCUGUCUUUGGAGAGUAUUUUAAAACUCCAAUGAGAGACUGUUUCUGCUGUUGGUUCAGGGGGCUGGAAAGGGGCCCUUGUCCUCCUGGGCCGCGGAGAGCAGGGGCCAGCCACCAGGCAAGUGGCCUUCCUGAAGACGGCCGCCCCAGGCCUGCAGCUCCCCACUCCAGCGGCCUGACCUGCCUGGGUGCCCGCUCCCACCAGUCCCCACCGGAGGACGGAUGCUGCAGUGACUGUCAUCAGCGACAACUGCCACCCGAAGGGUUGACCUUGCAACUGGGUUUGUUUACAGCGAUUCGUGAACUCUGGGGUAUUUUGGUCAGGGGUGGUUUUGGUUUGGGGGGUUUGUUCGUUGGUUUUUUUUUAAAAUGACAAUGAAGUGACACUUUGACAUUUCCUACCUUUUGAGGACUUGAUCCUUCUCCAGGAAGAAGGUGCUUUCUGCUUACUGACUUAGGCAAUACAGCAAGGGCGAGAUUUUAUAUGCACAUUUCUGGAUUUUUUUAUAUGGUUUUCACUGACACCCUUCCCUCCUCCCACCUGCUACCAGGCCUCACCAAAGCCAACUGCCACGGGGCCAUCUGGGCCAUUCAGAGACUUGAGUGAGCCUUAGGGGCACGGGGGGAGGUGCCAGGGUAGAGGAGCCCCCACCCAGGACUGCUGUUGCAGGUGGCAGAUUGAGGCAGAAGGGGCCUCCGAGGCUGGAAGGCCUUGCUCACUUCCCUGCUCCCCCUCUGCCCCACUUUAUCUAGUACUUCCCAGGGAUGUGGGGCCCCUCGAGGUUCCUGAGUCCCCACAGAUGACCAAGCCCAGCUUUGCCUCUGGGAGCCUGAACAGGCUGCCCCGGAGGCUAGGACCCGCCCAGAUCAUUCACUGUGAUACCCCAGCCCCACAGAAGUGCCCUCCAAAAGAAGGGCAGCUUGCGCCUCCUUCCAGGGGAGGAGCCUGUGACUCCCUCCCCUGCCUUUGCCCAGGGCCAAAGGUCUUGGCCACAGGGAGACCAUCAGCCAAGACCUGACCUCAGGCUCCCUCCAGUGAGCAAGCGCAGGUCCCAGAGCGGAACAAUGCAUUAGCGAACUGAACGGAGAUAAACACUUUAGUUAUAAAAUGACCCCUGCUCUCUGUAAGUUCCAAGAGGAGACCCCGGCCGCCUUGGGAUGUGCGAAGUAACUCAAACAGCUCUUCCAGGGGACCCUGCCUCCCUCGGGAUUCAAGAAGGCCCAGGGUUGAGGAAACAUGGAGGGCAAACAAGCCCCAUGUGGCAUUUUUGGCUCUGGAGCAUCAAAAGCACAGGCAGCAAAAGAAGCGCAUUGGAAGUGGGUCAUGACUUGGCUUCCGGUGCCCUGGGAAUCAGGGUGAGCCACUGAGGGUCCAUCAGGAGCGCAGAGCAGCUAGGGGGACACUCAGCAACCUGGGCCAGAGGCAGGGGCUCAGGGCGUCCGGUGAGCUACGAGCAGGGUGGGCUGUGGUGGCAGGGGUGUGAGGACCCCCCUCAAAGCCACCAGUCCAACCGCUUUAUCCGGGCCAUGUUCAUUUCCUCUGUGUAUCUGGGCUCCUACUCAUCCUAAGUUCAGAAGUCUGAGUGGCAGGAGGAGACAGGCAGACGUGCUCUGAAUGUCAGGAGGGACAGCCAGGGACGCCUUGUCUUAGCACCUUGCCCCUUGUCUACAGAACUUCUUUAAGGAGACUGCAGGGUGGGAAAGACUGAAGCCACAGACCACCAGCUAAAGGCCUCUUGGUCAGCACAUCCAGCACAGACCAGCCUGUCAUCUGUCGCUCACCUGUUCUUAGAGCCUGCGAUGCAGGGGAAGGAAGGGAUUAGAGGGGAGACUGGGCCCCCUAGGGGAACAGCAGGGCGAGCCACAGGAAAGAGCUGGCAGGUUGCCCACAAACUGGCCGGCAGUGGCCCACAGGCCAUCCCUUUGUGUCCCAAAGAUGCCCAGUGCGGAUGGCAGCUGUCCCACACACAAGGUCACCUUCUGGCAGGAGCAGGCCUGAUGCUCUUUAGAUUAACUCUGUCUCCCAAGCCCACCCCCUGCUGCUCCAGGGCCCCACAGGGGUUGGCAAUCGGUGCUUCCGUCAGAUGGCUUCCUGUCCUAAGCCACUAGGCUGGUGUCUUGUAGCCAGCAUGUGUGCCCGUCCACCCCCUGGGGCCUGAGGUCCUCAAUGGGCCUGGACCCCGAAUACCUGCUUCCUAGGGCACAGGUGCUUCUCAGGCCCUCUGUUUCCUCUUCAGGUUUUCAGACAUCACUGUGACCAUCUGGGGUACAGGCGCCUCUCCUCCUCCAUGCAGGGGCAGUCUCCCCACCACCUCUCGCUUGCUGCUUGGCGGGGAGCGGUAGUUCACGCUGCCAAGCGCCUUCCACUUACGCUACCCGCUCGCCUGGGCACAUGGCUUGGAGCUACCCGCUGCCUGGUUACUAAUCCUUUCCUGGCUCAACCUCCCCAAGUGCCACCCCCACCUGCCCAGCAGUGUGAGAGGAGCUUCCGGCUGCUCAGCACACAGUUGGUUCUUGAGGAAAGCAAGCUGCCUUGUGAACCUGGGCCAGGGCACCAUGGAAAUGGGGCCAGCUGCUCUGGGAGGAUGUGACUGGCGGAGCCGUGCAGGGCCAGGCUGGGUGAGAGAGCCGUGCCGCCUGCCCCCGCCCCGCCUGAACCACGAGCCUCCCAAACGGAUCGUUGUUGGCAGUCACCAGCAGCCUCUUUCUGGGGAUGCUACUCUAAAUGCCUACCUCCCGGGAAGCCAUGGGCCCACCAAUCUGAGUGGAUGAUGGCCUUAGUGCUGGACCCAGGACCUCAGGGAAGAGGCUAUAGUGAUGGGGACAAGGACCGUGAGGGAUACGCAGGAGGCUCAGAGCAGGGACUGUUUGCUAACUAAUGGUGCUUCCUGCUCCCACGGCACCAGCUGCACUCUCUCCAUCAUUUCUAGCUGGUCCCACCCUGUCACGGUCUGGGAGUGCUUUGCUACUCCUUUGUGAGCAGUCACCAGCCUUGCACUCCUCACAGAUUAGGGGCUCCUGGCCAGAAAGCUGGGCCCUCCCAAUCUGCCCAGCUCAUCCUCAUGUCUGGCUGGUCCACUGCCAGGUCCUUGGCCACUCCCAGCUCUCUCCUGGGCCCCUGGGGUUCCAAGAUGGUACCCAAGGCGGGAAGACUCUCACCAGGGAAAAUCAGGCCAAUGCACCCAAAGCACAGCAUGCAGCGUGAUGCCCCUUGACCUCAGGGUGGCAGCCUGCCCCAUCUCUAACUGGGAAAUGAACCUUGGGAGACAGUGCCCCUCACUGGGCCUCAGUUUCCCACCUAUAAAAUGGGAGCCCUGGAGUGGGUGAGCCAGGCCUAUAAAACCUCUGUCCUGUGAGGAGGGACUACUUCCUUCCCAUACAUAAGAGAGAAACUAAGGCCCAGAGGGGUGAAGUAGCUUGCUCAGUGUUACCCCUGAGCAAGGUGGGGCAGAGCAGGGCCACGCACCUUGAUUUCUCUGCAUCCAGUGCCCACUCCACCGUGUUCAUUUAGAUGGCAGGAAGAACUUUGUGUCUGGUGCUGUCUGAUAAGAGAAAGCUCAAAUGGGCUGGGGCUAUCUGGGAGGGCUUCCUCGGGGAGGCUGACUUGAAAAAGAGAGCUUGAAAGAUCUUUACCAUGCGGCAGGCAGAAUGGUCCAAGGCAGUCACAGUUGGCAUCUGGAUGGGCUAGAAGAGUGACAGAAGAGAUGCCUGUUGUAGGAGGGGAGGGCAAAGCCGUUUGGGCAUUCUGCACAGAGGCUCUCGAGCAGAACAGGAGCAGGGUAUUAUCAGGUUCCAGGGAGAGGGGUCAGUUCUGCCAUUAGACGGGCAGGAUGCCUCUCAGAGGCCCUUUCCCUGAGAGGAAAAGCCCCCGGCACAACGCGCACUGACUCCUGGAGAAUCUGGGCCCCGCUGUUCCGGUUCCAUUCUCACUCACGCAGAUAAUCCAAAGAGUCACUUCAGCUGCUGGGAACAGCGGGAUGGGGUUUUGUGCUACCUGAUUCUUAACCCAGCCAUGCCCACCGUUUCCUCCAGGCCUCUCUGAGGGAUGGCAGGGGAUAAGGGGGAGAGAGCUGCCAGGCACCAAGGGAGCCAGGCCUGGGAGUUGAACUGUGGGCUUGACAAACUGUUCAGGAAGCCCAUCUCUGCACCGUCACCUGGCCUGAGACAGAUCACCCAGACUUGUUGGAAGGGGCCUGGGGUCCUGCCAUGUUCCCUAGUGCGUAUCCCGGGGGAGCCCAAAGGAAAGUUUAGGGAGCCCCAGUGCAGGGUGUGGUGCUGCACGUUCAGGUCCAGCCUCGACCCAGAUUCCCAUGGAUCUGUUCCCACCAUAAAACAGGGUGGAGAAUGUCCUCUGUGCUGGUCAGCCUCCCCUUCAGGGAAACCAAGGUUGGAACGUCGGCAGCAGGAAGGGAUUUGGCCUUUGUCUUUUUCAAGUUUUGGUUUUUGUAAUGCCGACGAUGGAACGCAGGGACUUGUGCGUGCCAGGCGUGCCCUCUACCACUAAGCUGCACGGCCAGCCCAGGCUUUAUGGUUUACACAGGAAGAGAGUGGGCUCAGGGUAGGAGGGCAGGACUAUUCCAAGGAGGCUGGUCUCAGGAGGUGGAAGCCCCAGGGACUGCCAUCGUAACUGAACACUUGGAUGUGCCAGGUGCUAAGUACUGUCCUCCCCGACUUUACCAGUCAGCACACAGAUUCCCAGAGAAUUCCAGCCAGGCAUCUACCCGAAGUCCUUCCUUCCCACCCUGACCCAGGUACUCUUGAAAUUUAUUGUUUAAACUCCAGAUUCUCAGGCUCUGUCUUGGCCCCCUAAAUCAGAAUCCCCUGAGGUCGGGCCUAGGAGCCUCCGUUUUUUGACACCAAGAGAUUCUUCCAGACACCGAAAUCUUCACUUCUCUCAUCACAAACUGGGCCCAGAUGUCUGUGGAAGGAGGGUCUGGUACAGACAGGGAUUAGAAAAAAGCUGAGCACCAUCGUUUAAAAUGCCCACACUCAGACACAGAUUAGGACGUGGAGGGGUAGGGCUGACCCUCAGGAAUGUAUUCGGCCUGAGCUAAGAUUUCAGGAAAAUUAGAAAGACUGCCCCAGACCCACAGUCCGUCUGCGUUUAGUUUCACAGCACGAAGACUGCCUCAGGAAAGCUGAGAUAGCAGGAAGCUGCGGGAAUUUAAUACUUCAGAGGGGCCCGGCAGCCCACCCAGGGCCACCCUAUGGAGACCCCACAGCCCCAAACACUGCAGUCCAGGCCUGUCACUCAACACCUGGCCAGGUGGGCUGGGCAGAGGCAGGGUGGGGCUCCCAGCAGGAUGUGGCGCUUCAGAGGCCCAGCCCCAGCCCCCUCUUCCCAGCUUGACGCGGCUUUCCCUGGGGGAGGCAAAGGAGCAAAGGCUCCAACAGCCCCCAUUGCACUAGCAGGGGAGCAGUGGAGGGGGCAGGGGAGGAGGUCAGGAAACAUCUUAGAGGAGGUCACAGCCAGGGCCACAUAGGCACUGCGGACCUGCUGAGCCUGCAAGAGUCAGGAAUUCUAGCAUUCCAUGGACAAAGGAGCCUGGGAUUCUAAGACUGCAAAAGUCUGAUUCCAAUGGAGGGGUUCUGGGUUUUUAAAAUUCCAUCACUAAAGGAUCCUAUGCUGCUACUUUUGAAAUAUCAACUCCCGUUGUUCACUGCUGGUCCCCAAACCCAAGGGCCCUAGCAGGAAACAAAAAAAGCACAAAGGGCAGGAGAGGAAGAGAUGAGGAGGAGAAAGCUGAAAAUGAACUCUCAGAACAGUUCCAUCCUUGGAAUCUGAGUCAGAGAUGGACCUCCGGUAGGGCAAAAACCUGCUCCGGGGUCCUGUAGGGUUCUUCCCUGGCAGAGGGACAGGCCCUCAAGGGGGCAGUAGGGCUGGCUAAAGACAGUCCAGUGCAGCCCCAGUGCCCACUGGCUGGUGGACUCCAACUGUUCAAGUAGGGCCCUGGCUCUGUUUGGAGAGGGAGUUAUCUGGAGGGAGACCCCCCCAACUCCAAAGAAGCCGGGGGCCGGGGCUUUGCCUUGGGCACCGCCCACUGGCAAAUAUGCCCCAAGCUGACCACCUUCCAGCUCAGAGCUACAGACGAAACACUGGGCGACAGGAGGGUCUGGCUGCCCAUCCCCUAGCCAAGUUCCGUCCCUCUAACCCAGGGACACAGCUCCCACAAUCACUCAGCCCUUGCCCAUCCUGAGGACCCCUGUGCCCUUCCAGUUCUAGCACUGCCCACCAGAGCUGGAGGGCAGCCUGAGAAAGAGACUGUGUGGGCAGCCCGGAGCUCAGUGACUGACAGGGGGCCAUUCUCCCUCUGCGGGCAGGGACUCUGAUAGCCAGGGCCCCGAUCUGCUCUCUGUGGCUGACCCGGGGUAGGCCUGGCAGGUACGCUCACUCACAGCCAGCUCUUUUGGACUCCAAAGAAGAGCGGUGAGUGGUUGGUUAAAAUCAUAGCUGCUAUUUUUAAUUGCCAACAAUAUACCGGGCGCCAUGUUUAACUUUCUAUAUGCAGUGUCUUGCUGAAUCCCCACCAAACUCUGUGAAGCAGGCACAGUUACUGCUCCCAUUCCACAGGCUAGGAUGCUCAGAGGCGUGGCUACUGGCCUCCCCCGUCACAUGGCCAGCGAGCGGUCUCUGAGCCCAGCACCCACCCUCUUAAUCACUAUGCUAUGCUGCUACCACCAGACCCUCAGCCCUCAUCACGGUCACACCUUUUCCAGUCCAAGCCCAGAUCCCCGGGGUCACUUUCAUGUUCUUAGACGUGGCCUCCCUGGAGCUGUGUCAGGGCCAUGGGUGGUGAGGGACACCCAGACCUCCUCCCGGGGCGCCCCCCAGCCUGAGCCACUCAGAUCAGAGUUUGCAACCAGCCAGCUGGGGCUGUCUGACAGUAUUUCACAGAACUAUCUCUUCUGAUCAUGAACAUGGUUUUCCUGACAAUGUUGGGGGUCAGGCGGUGAUCCAGCUGGGGUUCCAAUGGCCGUGGGUCACACCUGGCUCUUCCAGACCCCCACUGCUGUAACCAAGGGACUCUCACCAGCUGUGUCCAACAGCAACCCUGACCCUGUUACUCCAAUGCCUUUGUAGGAGUAUUUUUAGCAGAACCUUUUUUUCCAAAAUAAAUGUGAAUUGUAAAAAUGA